AUGGAAGUUGCACUAGGCCGGGUGGUGACCCGGCAGGGUCCCCGCCAGCUUUUAACCCUUCGGACCUACAGUACUGUCCGGGACGUACCUCGUCCUGCAGGCAGCUUCACCGAUGCCGCUCCCCCAGCUGCCCCGCGUAGCACAUCUGUCUUUGACGACGCCGUAGCUGCCACCGGCCCUCGACACAACUGGACGAAGGAAGAGAUCUCCCAGAUACAUCAGACUCCGUUGAUGGAGCUUGCUUUUGCUGCUGGUACCGUGCACCGACGCUUCCACAAACCUUCUGCUGUCCAACUAUGCACUCUCAUGAACAUCAAGACUGGCGGCUGUACCGAAGACUGCUCUUACUGUGCACAAUCAUCGCGCUACAAGACCGGCCUGCAAGCCACCAAAUUGUCCACUGUUGAGUCUGUCAUGGAAGCCGCGAAGGUGGCUAAAGCAAAUGGUUCCAACCGCUUCUGCAUGGGCGCUGCCUGGAGAGACAUGCGGGGACGGUCAAGAGGCAUGAAGAACAUUGUCGACAUGGUCAAGGGAGUACGUUCUCUCGGUAUGGAGGCAUGUGUUACGCUUGGUAUGGUCGACAAGGAGCAAGCUCAGAUGCUCAAAGAAGCUGGCCUGACCGCUUACAACCACAAUCUCGAUACCUCGAGAGAACAUUACCCCAAAAUCAUCAGCACCCGAAGCUACGACGAGCGCUUACAGACCAUUGAGAACGUACGUGAAGCCGGCAUCCACGUCUGUAGUGGCGGCAUUCUCGGUCUUGGAGAGACUCCCAAAACCGAUCACGUUGGUUUGAUUCAUACUCUCGCAACCCUCCCGGGUCAUCCCGAGUCUUUCCCCGUCAACAAACUUGUUCCCAUCAAAGGCACGCCCAUGUUCGGCGAGGAGCCUACCAAGCUGGAAGAUCUCGUCCGCUGCAUUGCCACGGCUCGUCUGGUCAUGCCAGCGACCAUCAUUCGGCUAGCCGCAGGUCGCGUGACCAUGCCCGAAAGUGAGCAGAUGAUGUGCUUCAUGGCUGGAGCCAAUGCCAUCUUCACCGGCGAGAAGAUGUUGACCACUGACUGCAAUGGCUGGGAUGAGGACAAGGCAAUGUUCGAGCGUUGGGGCAUGGAACCAAUGCAGACCGAGGCGAGCAAGAUUGUGGCCGAGCCGCAAAUGGAGGCCAGGAGUUUCACUCAUCUGAGAGGCGAAGUGAAGUCCGGUGAUGCCGAGAUCAGUGCAUGA